CAGAAGAUGUGAUAGCCCGUUUUUCCUGUUCGCAGUAUUUACUAAACAGAAAUGAGUUUUUCCUGCAUCACCUUUUAGCAUUAAAAGAUUAAUUUGGUGCUUACAAGUGUGGAAAAUGCUUGUACAGAAGGGGAAAAACUUUUUGUUGUCAUAUGAGAUGACGUGAAUUGCAAUAUCCGGAUUGAGUAUUUCAAAUUUCUUAAUAUUGUGUGUCGUCACCAGGAAAUUUACACCUCGCGAAUUAAGUGUGUGAGCAAACUUGCUCAAAUACUUUACACUCAAGUUGGAGUUCCUUGGCUUCUGAUGGAAAUACGCGAAAACUGACCAUAAAAAGCAUUUUUCGUCAGACAGAUUUUUGACAUUUAUAAUACAAUUUUUGUUUUUCAAAAACUGGGGUGUUUGAAUGAAACUGGAUAUGUAUAUAGGAUUAAAUUUAAUCACGUUCACAUCCAGUGAUUCAAUUUUCUUUAGCACCCAACCACUCCCAUGUCUUACGAAAUUUUCGAAAGAUGAGAGGAUUUUUUUCACAGCCAAGAAAAAAUGCACAUUAAAAUCUUCAUAGUUAUCAAGCACGUUUAGUGCUAUGUUGGAGUAACUAUGUAGAUUUAUUAGAGAUGAGACAGUCUCACCAACCUGCUUGUCAUCCAUCACCACUAAUUUAUACAGCAAAACAUUUAAUACUAUAAACCACUUUACAUUCCCAUCAUGGCGUGCUGCAUGUUCCCUAAUUAUGUCGAAAACUCGACGUUUCAACCUCUCAAGCACGUUGGUGAUGUCGAUAUCCUCAGGUUCGUCAUCGAGGGUGAUGCGAUGGCGGACUGCUGCGGAAUUCACGCCACGUAGUCUGCGUUCCCUGAUUGUGAAAAACGGCAUGAUUCUGAAAAACAAAAGAAUAACGAUCAGGAUGAGAUAGAGUACAACAGCAUGUUUAGUUGUGAAUUGACAUUGGUAGAAGAAGGGUGUGUGUGUGAAAAUGAUAUCUCAAGAUCACAUAAUGUUGUAUGAAAGAUUAAGAUUAUUAUCUUUUGAUAAAAGAUGGUCGAAAUCUUCUCCGCAUUUGUCCGCAGAAAACAUGGCAAAAGAGGGAUUUAUAUUCUCAUCUGCACCAGACAUUGUGUGAUGUGUAUUUUGUUCAAUUUGUUUGGGAAAAUGGGAAGAAAGUGACAUACCAGCAAUAGAACAUGCAAGGUACAGCCCGAACUGUAGAAGGAAAGAUAAUAUAACAAUUGAAGAGGAGAAUUUCGAUAAUAAUAUUCUACGAGAAUAUGAAGAAAGAUAUUUAACUUUUAAUUGUGUAGAAGAUUCAUCCGUUCAAGGAGAGUAUUUUGAAAAGCAUCAUCUACAUUGUGACUUUUGUAAAUCAUUAUGCAAUAAAGCAGAGUAUUUUGCAAGAAAUGGUUUUUUCCUACAUAAAAAUCCAUUCUAUCUGCAAUGUGUCUAUUGCAAAUAUAUUAUCGAAAAUCCAUUUGAAAAAGUAAUACAUUUACCCUUUUGUUUAUAUGAAGAGUGUGAGAAAGAAGAGCGGGGCUUGGAUAUUCCGGAUAUAGCAUAUCGUAAAGAUGAGGUAAAAUCGUAUGCAUGCAGUAUAUUGUAGAAGGUUUUUUAUCCUCCGAGGACAAAAACUGUGCUCCGAGGACAAAAACUGUCCUCCAAGGACAAAAACUGUCCUCCGAGGACAAAAAUUGUCCUCCGAGAGCAAUUUUCCUCUCCUCCUAAGAGGAUAAAAUUAAAGUAAAAAUGUACUUACAUAUACUGCUUGAUGCUGCGUGAAUCUCCUCGAGUGUACAGGUGUAGAUAGUGGGCUAUGGUACAGGUGUAGAUAGCGGGCUAUGGCUCCUUUCAGAUUGAUUCCUCUCAGGUGUAGAUACCGCCUUUGACUCCUUUCAGAUUGACUCCUCUCAGCUGUGUUGUCUCGACGAGAGCUCAACUGGUUAUGAGGUUCGGAACUCAAGUUGAGAGGUGAGAAAAUGCUGUGAAAAGAAUGAAAUAUUUAAUAACUGAACUGAAAUCAAUCAAGAAUGCUUGAGUGAGGCUCUAUGUUGAAAUGCUGUGAAAUAUUUAAUAAUAUUAGAAAUCAUUCGAGAAUGCUAUUCAAAAAAUGAUUGAGUGAGCCUCUAUCUUGAAAUGUUGUGAAAUAUUUAAUAAUAUUAGAAAUCAUUCGAGAAUGCUAUUCAAAAAAUGUUUAAGUGAGUUGACAUGGAGGAGAUUUUUUUUCAGCUUCUAGCAGGUGUUUUCACCCUCUCAUGCUGAGUUCUAGAUGAGAUUUUUUUUUCCGUCUUCUAACACACAUGUGCAAGGAUGCUAUUUGAAAAAAUGAUCGAGUGUCAGUUUUUGUAAUAGGAGAGAGAAUACUUACAAACCGAUAACGAUGUGGGAGCACGUGUUGUAGGGGAGAAAUUUGAAUUUUUUUCGCCUUGUAGCACGCUUCGCUCUCGCUCACACGAGCCUGGAACAGAGAGAGAAACGUAUGCUAUAUAAACAGAAGUGAUGAGAGGAAGAUUAUCAUUUACAUCUGAGCCCUCUUCACGAUGAGUUCUCCAUCAUACAUCCUGUCGGAUAGCCCGCCGCAGCAUGUGCUCAACUAUUGGCAGCGCAAAGCUGCUGAGUCGUGUGCUGCUUCUCCUGCUGCUGCUGCUGCUGCUGCUGCUGCACCUGCUCUACUGGAUCCAGCAUCACCAGGUGGGGAGAUCAUCGUCGGGGACAGCCCUAUUCAGCGCUUGGCUCCAGCACCUACCUGGGCACCGUGGCGUGCGGUGCUAGCUACCCUCUCAAACAACAUCAAGCAGAAGCAGGCCAAGCGGAAGUUGGUGUUUGAGGACGAGCCUGAGGUUAGCGGUGAUGAGGAGGAGGAGUCAAUCUACUCACAAACAAAGAAAUGAGCUGGAAUGGAGCACGACUCCUCACUUGCCCCGCUAAUGAAGGAGGUGGAGGGCAUGGGAGAGUUGGACUUUGUGCAACUAAUCAACAAAUCACAGCCAAAAUCAUGGAUCCCGCUGAGGGAGUUGAAGGAGCACACUCCCUACCCCAUCAUCGGAGCUCGAGAGGACACAAACCAGCACGGUCGGCAUGUAAUUUUAAAAAUAAGGAAUGCAGGAAGCAAAUGUGAGGUGUAUCUACCUCAAAGAUUUGCUUCCUGCAUUACCAGAGAAAAAAUAGAACAUUUUAACAUCAACUGUAAAAAUUAUAUGUUGCUAGUAACACAUAAGUCGGCAAAUUGGUCGGAUAUAAAAAUUGUUAUUGCUUAACAAUUUUUAUAUCUGUAUACAAUUCGUCGACCUAUGUGUUACGAAUUGUAUAGAUGUAUGUGUGAAAGUAGUAUUAGUAGCGAAUAAAUU